AUCAUUGGCCGCUGUGUUCUAGCUGUUCUUCCCUCCCUUUUCCUGCUCAAGCGCCUGCCCUUCUGCCACUCCCACCAGCUCUCUCACUCCUAUUGCCUCCACCAGGACAUGAUUCGCCUGGUCUGUGCUGACAUCAGGGUCAACAGCUGGUAUGGAUUUGCUCUAGUGUUGCUCAUUGUUGUGUUGGACCCACUGCUAGUUGUGCUUUCCUAUGCAGUUAUCCUGAGAAGUAUCUUCAGCACAGCUACAUGGACAGAGCGGCUCCGGGCCCUCAAUAACUGUCUCUCCCACUUCCUGGCUGUUCUGGUCCUCUAUGUUCCCAUGAUUGGUGUAUCUAUGACUCAUCGCUUUGCGAAACAUGCUUCUCCACUGGUCCAUGUGGUCCUGGCUAAUAUCUACCUGCUGGCACCCCCUGUAAUGAACCCCAUCAUUUACAGUGUAAAGACCAAACAGAUCCGCCAGAGAAUCUUUCACCUCCUUUUUUGGAGGAAGGUUCAGUAA